AUCAUGGAAUCAAUUCCACAUGCGUUGGUAACCGUAGAUACAAUACCACCAGAUCGCGUUCCAGUUCUUAUUCCACAAGACAAUUCAAGUCGCUAUCGAGAAAUGAAUCUACGCAAUCGCAAGGGUGAUAGCUCAAAAAAUGGUGUCGCUCGAAAAGUUGGAUCGGAAGAACUUAAAAUUUUGGAACGAAUGGGCAAAUAUCAAACAAUGAUGGUUGAUCUGAGCUUACUUACUUGCUCACACAGUGACUGCAAGGAAAAGCAACCAUUUUCAUCACUGUUCACGUUUGCUUAUCAUCUUACAGUGAAGCAUAACCGCCGUGCUACAUCAAACAAGCGAAUCCCAUGUUAUCUGUGCGAUUUUGAAUCUCAGACAUACACUGCAUUGAUUGAACAUUUAAAAAGUUUGCACGAGCAGUAUUAUCAGGAACAUGUUACGGCACGUUCAACAUCCGAAGAGCUUAAACGAGGCAGGAAGGGAAAACAAGUAAAGACUGCACAAAUGCGAGGGCGAAGCUUGAGUCCAUUAUCCGAUGAUUUUCUUGAGACAGAAGAAUCAUCUGAUGGAUCAGAAGAGAUUGGAUAUGACUCGGCUCCUGUGCUGGAAUUAAUGGCAAAUGUGGAAGCUGAAAAUAUUGAAUUGGCGGUGAAGGAUCGUAUGGAUUACAUUAUUGCAGUUGUAUGUGGUGACAUCGAAAAAGAUCCGAUGUUGGAGGAAAGCAAAUAUGAAUUGAACGUACAACUUUUGCGUAAUGAAUCUUCUUCGGGAUUGCAAGUUCGACCGAAGGAACAUGCACGUCUUACCCAUGGAAAGACGGGCCAGUUUGCAAAAACUAGUCGAUCGGUUUGGGAAAAGAAAAAGUGCUGUCCACCAAUACUCCUUCGUAUAGCGCGUCACCGCUUGGUGGAAAAUGUGACAGUGGAUCAAAUAGCUGGUCCUAGUAAGAUUUCGCAAGAGAGUGAUGAAGAAGCAAAUCACGAGAUUGAAUUACCGAGGAUAUGUGUUAGGGGGCUUAAAACAAAAUUAAAUGCUAAACAGGCACUAAAGAAUGAUAUUAAGAAGGACGAGCUGGGCGGAAAUAAUGACAAAACUGAAGAUAGUCGUAAACAGCGUCCUUCACGUCAGCGUCGUAAACCAAACUGGAUUGAUGAAAACUAUGUUACUGGCUUUAAGAAUAAACGUGCUCGUCGCGAUGAUGAUGAUGUUGAUUUGGAAUAUGCACAAGCAAAGGGGCAAAGUCGACCAUCAUCGAGAACUGAAUCAAAAUGUACUAAAAAUGCAGAUAGUCAAAGUUCAACACCUGUUGAUCUUUGCAGUGCCAUUCCUGGUAUUCAAUCAGAGGCAAGCAGCGAAGAAACAUCGAACUCAUCAACUCCUGCUCCACAUGAAAGCACAUAUAAUAUUGCGACCACGAGCCAUGAAUUGGACAAUAGUGCAGCACGAUCGUCACAUCCCUUAUCGUCAGCUGCACUAUCUUCAGCUGGUGCAGAAAAUGUCAGGGAUGUAAUGACCAAGAAAACCUGCCGAUUACAGUAUACUCCACGAGCACGAAGAAUGAAAUAUGGAGAUGAUUUGUUAUCCAAUGCCGGUUAG